AUGGCCCACAGCAAGAGAAACACCAGCCGACCCAUCUUCACGUCCCACGAACGGGCAAUGGCCCGUGUGGCCUGGGGCACGUCGACAGCUCGCCUGUCGCGGGAAUCCUUCCUGCCAUUUGCCUCGUGCUGGUUGUGCCUCGAGCCCGCCAUCGACCCGGUCGCAUGCGCCCACGGUGAUAUCUUUUGCCGCGAGUGUGCCCUCAGCAAUAUCCUGGCCCAGAAGAAGGAGAUCAAACGAGCCGACAAGGCCCGCGAGCAGGAGGAGCGCGAGGCAUUGGAAGAGAAGGCACGACGGGAUGCUGAGGCUCAGGAAAGAUCCAUACGAGAGUUCGAGUUGACGCAAGCGGGGCUGAGUAUUAAGAGGGGGGGUGGCGCAAGUGGUGGGAAGGAAAAGACGGAGCCGCCAGGGCGGGAUGGCCAGGCCGAGAAUGGGAAAAGCGGUCAAGACAACGGCCCGAAAACGGGCGAGAAGCGCAAGUUCUCGCUAGACCCCGACGAGGUUGCGCGCAUUGCCGACGAAGAGCGGACGAAGGCGAGACGGGCCAUUGACGACGAGAAGGCGAGUUGA